UAGGUAUCUCGAACACAUCAAACCAAAAAAAAAAAUUAAUAAACACCGACAUCGGCAAAAAAAAAUAAUGAUCCAUCUAGCUCUCUUCCUAGAUUUCACGAUCCGGCUCUCCGUAAUCUUCCACAAUGUGUUAUUCUCGUACUCUAUACAUCACAUCUCUAUAAGUACCCCAGUCGUAUCGCUCAAUUAGCCACGAGUCUUCUUCUCGAAUAUCGCGUCUCUUUCUUUUUCUACUUCUUGAACGAGCUAGGGUUUUCCAACUGAGAAGGAUGAUACCGAUAUGCGUGGAGUGUGGGUCGAGGAGCAACCCCUGCAGAUGCCGAGUGGUCGGGCCGACGCUGGGGUUCGUGGCUUUCGUGGUGGCCGGUGCCGUUGAAUGGCCCCUCGGAGCGCUGGUUUAUUGCUUCAAGCACGCCAAGGGCCGUAGCAUCAUGGCUCAUCCGGCCACCGUUGUUUAUCCUUCGGUCGCCGGCUCCAUUCCCAUUUGAUCUUUUUAUUUAUUUAUUUUUAAACAAUAUUUUUUUUAAGAAACAUGCACCUAUAUGUAGUUAACAAAACACUCAAAAGGUUGUGUUUUUACUUUCUGAAAUAAAUGUGAACUCGAUCGAUGCCA